AUGGACAGCUGGACUCUCCAGGGGGACAGCUACUCCUUCCUGCGCAGUGCACCCCGACACAAUUUUAACCUGUGCCAUCGUGACGGCACCCCCAACCACGUUGAAAUCUUCGACAUCAUCAACGCCCCUAGUCAGCGCAGUGCCAUUUCCGAGACCACCUGCCUGUGUGACAUUUUUGGAGACGACUGUGACUCGUCGUCUCUCUCAAGCAGCCCUGCUGUAAGGGCUGUUGUCCCUUCCCAGAGGGAGGUGGACGAGACGGACGCUGCAUCACCUCUGGUGGAUGAUCUGAACGACUCCUCGGGCUCUUACCACACUGCACCGGGCUCCAGUGAAGGAGAGGAGGGCUUUGAAGAUUCAAGAGAAAGGCUUUACAGCCCCCUGUUGCAGAGUGAGUCUUCAGAGAGUAGGCAGCUGGUGGGUGAGGGACUGACCUCAGGGCUUCCAGAAGUUUCUGAGGAGAGAAGCCCAAAUUUAGAACCAGAAAGUAAAUCACCAAUACCUCAGGUUAUUACAGCAAACCCAUCGUCAUCAGUCCUGAACACUGGUGCAAGCACCCCCUCUCCUGGACAUAAUAGCCCCUUUACCCUCAGUACAGAGGGGAGAGCGUCAUCCUUGUCUUCUUCCUCAGUUGAUAAAAGAUGUUCACCAUCGUCACCUAGUCCUAGACAAGCUCACUCAGAAACGGAUCUAGGAAGAACCACUCUCACUUUCAAAGAUAGACCUCAGUCUGAAUCUCCAAGUCCCUCCCCUGAGCCUAGGAACUGUGUCAGCUCAUCCUCCUGUGAGUCAGUGAACACCGAGCUGUUACCAGAGUUCAGGGUCUCACAAGGCUCCCCUGAGCCAAGGAGCUGCAGCUUUAAUCAACCUAGCAGUCCCUCACCUGAGCCCACGUCCCAAGAUUUUUCUCUAGAUUUUACAGAAUCAGCGUUUGAUUCCAGAGCCACACUUUCAUCUCCUUUACCAUUAUCCAGUAUUACAGAGUUAUCAUCCCUGUCGAGAGAAACACUGGCCUCUCCUGAGCUGAGAAAUAGUCCCUACUCCCCGGAUACGCAAGAAUCAUCUCCUUUUUCGGAGCUCAGAGGGAGGGUCUCCCUGCCUGAUCUCCUCAGCAGAGGCUCCACACCUGAUAUUGAGAAGACCACUGAGCCGAUUUCAGAUUCUUCCACUGCCGGAGCAGACGCUACGUCUACUCCUGAGAGUCAAGAAACAGGAGAAAGCGCUGUAUCUACACCUGCCCCCCGACACACACCUCCCUCACCUGUUAUUUCAACAGCAACAUCUCCUGAGCUUGUGCAGAGUAGUGUCUCACCUGAAUUGACAAACAAAUCUCCCUCACCUGGCCUGCUCUGUCCUGCUUCUCCUGCCAAGACUGGGACAAGAACUCCGUCUCCCGACCCCUCGCAUAAAAUUAGACACAUUUCAACACCUCCUGAGAGCAGGACCCAGGUGUCUUCACCUGUGGUAAGGUAUAGCUUAUCUCCAUCAUCUGAGGUUACCAGCAGCUGCUCUCCCACAAAGCACAGGCAUACUGCUCCCUCACCUGAUAUUAGGAUUACAGCUUCCUCCCCUGAGGUCAGUAGGAGAGAGUUGUGUUUUGAGGUGGAAACAACACCAGUAUCCACUUUCCUAGAUCCUCACUUUGACUGUGCCUCAUCAAGAAGCCUCAAUUCGUCUCCUCACAUCACAGGGAUUUCUUACUCUGUUGUUCAGCCCGACGACAGGGACAUUUCAACAUUUAACGAGCUUUCUCGUCUCUCCACCCCAGAGCCUGAUAGGACAAUUGUGUCCCCUGAAGCAGGGAGCCCUACCCCGAGCAGAGACAGUAUACAGAGCAGUAUAGCAGAGUCCACCAGUUUACCAAGAGAUUCACCUCAUAUAUCGGACUUCACAAGCUCUGUCCUGCAGCCUGAAAUAACUCAGUCGCACCAAACAAGGUAUCAAACACCUUCCCCUCAGCCAGAGCAUCACACUCCUUUACCUGAGCCAAGAUAUCAAACCCCUUCAUUUGAAAAGUAUCAAAGUCCCUCGCCUCAGCACAGAAGUAGAGAUCCAUCACCUGUUGCCCCAUCUCCUGAGCAGAGGUAUCAUCAGCAUUCACCAGCCAUCCUCUCCACUGAGCACAGCCCUCAUUGUACCCGGCCUUCUCCUCCUCUAAGAUAUACACCUGAGGUUGAGGGGGAUUCCUCAUCAGUUGACAUUACAGAAAAACAGUGCCCAACACAUUUGGCAAAAGAGAGUUUGUCACCUGCAUUUAAACAACAGAACACAGAGAGAGAAGCAACACCAAAGGAGGCAAACCUUCAGGAUACCUCAAGUUUCCCAGAGGAAAAACAAACCAUUGGCCCCACCUUUGGUCAGAAAGAAGACUAUAAUAAUAAUCUCCCCAUUGAAAUAAAGUCUCCCUCUCCUAAUCUUCUAGUCUCCAAGGAAAGGAGUCCAAGUAUUUCACCUGUACACAAGGCUACAACCGCCUCACCUGUGCAGAGACUGGAAACCGCAAAGCCUCAAUUCACUACGUGUUCCUUAACUUCUGAAAGCAGCAGCUCAUUAAAAUCAGCCUGUACACCUCAGCCUUCGAGAAGACAGCUGUCAGCCAAAGUUAGAGGAGAAACCACAGAGAGGACAACAGAGGACAUGGCCCACCAUGUAAACAGAAGGCGGACUCCCUCUCCGCCACUCACCAGGUUUACACCUGUCCACAUCAUAGCUCCUGAGAAACCAUACAGACAGUGGCAAAACAGUAGCCGUAGCCCCUCCCAGGUUGUAGCACCCUCACCGAGUGGUAAUUUAAAGAAAGGGGUGACAAAUCGGGAAAGCCCCAAUGUUGCCUAUGUUGACAAUAAUAGCCAGGCCCAUUGGGUCAGGCAAGGAAGGCAAUUGGAGAUAGAGAGGGAAAUGCAGCUGGAGGAGGAAAGGGAGGUAGCUAGGCAGAGGCAAAUGGGUAGGGAGAUGGAGAGGGAGAGAAAGAAAAGGGAGGAGCGGGUUCCUGAAAAGGGGAAGGGUGGGCAGGGGGACGCCAGUUACAGAGGGGAACAGGCUGAGCUGUCAUUCAAUGCCAGGAAUAGAAAAGGGCCUGCAAGUCGCAGUACAGCUCCCACAAGCAGAGAGACCCGCCAGGGACUGCCAACAGUGCAUUCCUAUUCAGAGAGCUUACUUGCCAACAGGCAGCUACAGCAACAACAGAGUUUGCUUAGACUAGCUUCCCAACAAGACAGCAGAGGCGGUGCUCCUAGCAGAGGCGGUGGUCCUAGCAGACGGCGUCAACCUCCUGCACCACACAACAAGAGCAGAGUUCCUGGACGCGUGGCCGCAAACAGGCCCUGCCGGAGUUCCAGCUCCAGCAUGGGAAGUGAGCUUGAUGAGGCAGACGAUGAGGUGAAGUGGUUCACAGACUUGGCUUUCAGCAGCCUGUCAAGCCCUGAGGUAGAUUACCUUGACAUGUACAACUCCAGCCACCGUUCAUCUACCAACAUUUCUCAACCAUCUACACAGGAGAGCCCAGCUGGGGUCAGUACUGCCUGGCCAGCCUAUGCUGACUUCAGGGGUUCUGCUCCCAGGCUGGACAAUGAUGAACUCUACUUCAAGCAACCACCUGCAUACUACUCAGAUGGCCUAGAUCCAUCAAGGCGCUCUGAGAUGGGCAGUUUUGAGUGUGUGGAUGUGGCAGUGGAAAGAGAGGACUCAAGGAGGGUGAGAAGAGGAGUUCCAAAGAGACAGAUCCAGCUGAAAAGAAAGGGUAAUGCUGAAGGGAAGCAGGAUGAGAGCAGUGAAAAUAGUAGUCCUGGGUUACCAGUGAUGGUGGAAAGCCCCUCUCUAGAGACUCAUUCCAGAGAGACGUUCAUGAGACAACACAGUACACCAGCAGCAAUGCAAGAAUGCUAUGCUUCUGAACGCAGCCCUGAGCACAAUCAACAAAAUGAAAGAAAAUCCAAACUCCAGAAAUCUGCUUCUCUGGAUGAAACAUGCACUAAAACCAAGAUGGCCACCUGUCUCAUCAAGAGUGUGUUGUCCAAGAAGAUGCAGAGUGUUGACAAACAAGCUGAUAAGCAGGAAGGAGAAGAAGGGAGCGCCGAUUUUGAGGAAAACAGACGACCAACAAAGAGCGCAGCGGCACCACUCAAAGAGUCCCCACAACCUGACUCACAUAAUCUUAGUUCCAGUCUUCAAUCAGAUUACAGUCUUUCAUCUGAGGGUCUCCCUGUGAAGGCAGAGCGGAGCACAAAGGAUGAAGCCAAACCAUCAAAAAGCUUUGGAGCGAAAUCCAGUAACAGGCCAAGUUCAUCCAGCAGCAACCGAAGUGUUACCUUUUCACUGACCGAGAGUGAGGAGGCAGAUUCUCAAAGCAUGAAUAUAGCCUCAUCAAGGUCUGAAAUCAGAUCAGAAAUGGAGGUGCCAUUUGAAAGUAAACAGUCGACAACUGGAGUGCAACCAUUAUAUGACAGUGAGACAUGGGACGGAAGGGAGGGUGGUGACUCAGCAAAUGCCACUGCCGGGAACUCAGGAGCUCCUUCUGCCACUGGAGCCAGCAGCAUGCAGGUCAGGGUGACAAACAGAGACCAGGAAUGUGAAAACACUGAGGACCAUAAACAACUGCAACAGGGCGCCAAGGGCGCUUACAUGUCACAAACACAGGAGAUUACACUCAGAGCCGUGGAGAAAAAGAAAGCCUCCCUAAAUGUCUGUCUCACACCUGAGGCAGAGACAAAACCUGGGGCUUCUUCGCCAGAUAUCAAGGAGGAACGGCAAGACACCAAUGUAGGUGAAAAAAUAGACGAAGAAGGAAAUGAAAAAAAUAAUUUUAAGGUCCCCAUUCACAAAGUUAGAGAUGUGAGGCGGCUUGUAAAAAAUACAUAUAAUCUAUCCUUCAAGGCAACUAGUGCUGUAAUGCCAUCAAAUGUGGACAAAGAAAGGAUGGACACUUCAAAUGAGGAUAGGAGGGAAGAAAUAAAGGAGGAAAGGAGGGAGGAUGUCAUAUCACAGGAGAGGGGGGUAAGGCAGGAAAUAAGGAGGGAGGAGGAGUUCAGGGUGGAGAAGAAAGAGGAACAGAAAGAGGAGGUAAAAUACUCAACCUUAUCACCACCUCUUCAGAGCAAAGGAAGUUCUCUGUCUCGUCCACAGCCGAUGCAAAUACAAUACAAGGCUGUUUGGUUGAAAGAAGACAAAAAUAAAUCGUCAUGCAGCAAGAAAGACUCAGAGAACCCAGGUGACAAACCCCAGGCUGCUCAAAAGCUCGUCACACAGGUAAGCAGAGAAUCACCCAACGCACUUGGUUACACAACCAGAGAUGCAGCAGUUGCAAAGUCAUGUCAACAUGAUGUAUACAUGGCAGCGGGAAAACAAGAGACUAUGACGGAAAUGCAUAAAGUGUCGGACAAUGAGGACAAACCUGUGGUGGUUAAGACAGACAGAAAACCUCCCAUGCUCGGGAGCCUCCCUAAACUGCCCAGUAAGGAAAGAGAGGUGUCCACUGCUGUAGUGUUAAUAAGAGAUGGAUCUAGUAAGACCAAAACAUCUGCAUCUCCAGCCCAGGAAGAGAUUCCUACCCUACUCCAAGCCCCAGCUGCUUUGCACUCAUCUGGACCCACUACAGCCCACAGUAACCGUGCUAGCAGUGGCCACUCAGUUUCAAUGUUAUUAAAGGAGAAAGGCUACCAAGCUGACAUUGGAGCAGUGGUGGGUGAUCUGAAUGGACCUGGGACUAAAGGGGUUCCACGUAAGCAUGUGAACUGCCUAGAGAUCCCCCUUCAGACCACAACUCCUUUAGAUGGAGGUCGGCUCGAGUCUCAUAGAGAGAGGACAUUCUCCUCCUCAUCCACCACGUCUGGCCCCUCACCAGCGUCUGAUAAUACAGACACCUUUACAAAGACCAGAGAAGAUGAGGGUGUUAGCAUUAAGCCUACAGUAAAAGAAACACCAAAUCAAAUAAGUGCUUCUCCACUAGGGAAUACGCAGGAGCAAACACCACCUCCACCCAAACACAAGGAACCUGGAGAUUUUGAAGCAGUGAAAAGACUAGAUCCAACUGUCCCCCCGAGGUCCCCUGCAGUAAGGAGAUUCAGACCACAGCCUAUUGAGGUUAAGUCGCUGUCUAAAGAAACACAGAAACAAGAGACACCCACAAACAUUACAGGAAGCAGCAGGCCUCAAACCAUUGAGGUUAAAUCUAUAGCUAAAUCUUCUCAAAAGCCAGCAGUGCCUCCAAAACCAAGCUGCAAAUUCAAACCAGCAGAUUUAGGAGCAAUGCCAAGUGAAGUGCAGAGACCAUCAGCAACAACUGUGAAUCCACAAGGUGAGGAGAGGCCUCAAACAAUUGUUGUGUCCUCACCGACAAUCUAUAGAAAGAUCUCCAAUGAGUCCACGUCAACGUCAAACUAUCCAAGGAAACUUUCUGUGUCUGCAGUAUCCAGCCUCAAACCUCCACCUUGCAAAGCAACAGCAACCACCAUCUCCAAUCUCUCAAACCAGUCAACAGCAUCACCAGAAACAGGGACAUCUUGUGACAGAGGUCAGCAGCAAAAGCCAGGGGCCUCGCCUCAGAGCUCUAGAUAUACACAGAGACCCACAACCUUAGCUACAGCUCCGAUAGCAGCCACUGGGCCAGGUUUCACCUCAGCUCUGGGUCCAUUCUCUGACCCCAAACCAAACCCUGUCUCCGGACUGGAAUCGACUGGAGCCAACCAGCCAAGCCUGCCAGCUGUUGUGGAUCCAGCCAGCCAACCCCAGUAUCCCAGGAUGACAUACCCUCAUGAACAAGCUAUGCCGGUAACUUCAAACGGUACAAAACAGCCUGCAGCUGUUUCCACAACACAAGUGCCAGGAUACACACCCCAGCCAUGCCGCAGGUCGCUGUCCAGUGAGCGCUCCCAAAGGACAGAUGACCUGCGUUUUUAUGCGUCAGACGACCCUCCGAGCUACGAUGAAAGAGAGAGCUUCAGUCCCCUCAUGCUCCCAGAUCUGACGCCCAGGAGGUCAAAUCGCUAUCAACCCUCCCGCCCUCCUCCCUGCUCCUGCACAGCUGGCUGCCCUUCCCACCCUGGUCUCACCCCUCCUCACCAUCACCACAGCCCCCAUAACCUCACCCCUCCUGCCCCUCCACACUCUCCAGGCCAGGCGUUGCCUUACCAGGUGGCUCAGCCCCCUCUCCGUCUCCACCAGUGCAGACCUGACCCUCAGCCGAUGAGCUACCAGCGUGGCUCUCCCAAAUCAAGUCCUCUUGGUCCAAGUCAGCCAACGGCCAUGUACCAGCCUCUCCAUCAGCCUCCUCCCUGCCCUCCCCACCCCUCACUCAUGCAGACCUGCCCUGCUGAACGCCCACUGCAGCAACCCCAGCAUAUUGACCCUCGACGACCCCAUGUCCACAGAUCUCCCCAGCAACAGCUGCCAGGCAUGGCUGGUGCUCCUUACAGCGAUCCGGGCCACAGCCACUCUCCUGGCCUUCCUCCUAUGGAUCCCCAGUACCUGUGUGGACCUCAAAGCCUGGGGCCUUCCUAUGGCUCUGAAUAUGGGGGUGACAGCUCCAGUUUGUACUCAGAGAGUAACUAUGGACAGACGCCUCGCAGAGUGCUCAUGGAUCCUGAGACAGGGAAGUAUUUUUACAUCGAUGUGCCUGUGCAGCCCCUGAGAAAAAUGUUGUUUGACCCAGAGACAGGCCAAUAUGUGGAGGUGCUCAUCCCACAGCAAGCAAUGUCACAUUCAGGCCUUUAUCCUCCCUCAGCAGCCCCCUACACAUCUCUCCAAAACCCCAACAUGUACGCUCCUGCUCCACAGUACAUGCCCUAUGCAGCUCCUCCUCCCCAAGCCCAUCCCCAGGCCCAGCCUCAGCCACCCCGGUAUCCUGAGGCCUCUGCUGCUGCGACAAUGCACCCAGGUGGGCCUGGAGUCAGCUACAGGAAUCCCUCUGGUCAGUCCAAGCCAGAGGCCCAGAGACAUCCACAGCUGGACCAGAGCUACCUGGAGAGCAUGUAUUAUGUCCCUACAGGGAUGAAUGCAAGCCCCAAUCCCACCCCACCAGACUAUUACCACAAACAUCCCCCAAACCUUCCCCCAACAAGGGGGGAAAGGUCCUGA